GAAGCGCUGCGUCAGUCAGCUCCUGAAAGAAAGCUGCUACAACUCACGACCACAGCAGCUAACGCUCUUCAAACCUAAUCAUUUCUACACAGACCGCUCUCCGAGGCUCACUGCACGACAUCUUAGCAAUCAGCUUUUAUUAAAACGGCGCUUUGGUUUAUUUAAUUCGCCUGAGGACGCUGGAUAUGGAGCUGGUCGGGUCUGUAUAGGAGACUCGGACAAAGCGGAUCAGCUCGAGCUGAGAUGAGCGCGAAUAUGAGCGGCUCUGGGUCAGCGCCCUGCCGCUUCGCACAUUACUUCGUUAUAUGCGGAAUAGACAACGAGACGGGUCUAGAGCCCGAUGCUUUGGCAGCUUUGUACCUAUGGCUAGAGGCCGAUCGUCAGGGCAGGGACCCAGAAGCUGUGGCAGCAGGAGAAAACUUUGAUCAGAGCCCUCUCAAAAGGACCUUCAAAUCCAAAGUGCUUGCCCACUACCCAAAGAACAUCGAGUGCAGCCCGUUUGACCAGGAUGCUGUUAACAUGCUUUGCAUGCCCAAAGGUCUGUCAUUCCGAACACAGCGUGACAGUCGCACCCCACAGUUCCACUCUUUCCUCAUCACAAGAGAAGAUGGAUCUCGCACUUAUGGUUUCGUUCACACCUACUACGAGGAGGUGACCAGCCCUCAGAUCUGCUCCGCCAUGCAGACGCUACACCAGAUGUACCAAGCGGAGCAUAAUGCAUCUGCCCAUAACUGUACUUCAUCGUCAUCAUCAUCCUCAUCAUCCUCCUCUAGUAUGGACUCUUUAGCCAGCAGCCUGGAUGAAGUUGAGUCUCCCUCCUCAACUUCCUCCUCACAAGGGGGCCGCAGGAGCAGUGGCUGCUCUGGCGAAGGCUACGACUCUGUUCGCGACACUCUGUAUGUGUCCAAAGCUAUGUGUCUAAUCACUCCUAUGCCCUUCAUGCACGCCUGUAAAAGAUUCCUGUCCCAAGUACACCGUGCUGUCAUCUCCCAUCAGCCGCCGCCACUUCCUUUGGAAAGCUACAUCUACAACAUCCUCUAUGAAGUACCUUUGCCCCCGCCCGGACGUUCUUUAAAGUUCCAUGGAGUGUAUGAACCUGUCCUGUGCCAGAGGCCCGGUGUCGGGGAGCUGCCGUUGGCUGAUUUCCCUCUGAGUGAAGCCUUCCAGUUGUUGGGAGUGGAGAAUCUGGUGCAGAUUUUUACUUGUGUCCUACUAGAGAUGCAGAUCCUCCUCUACUCACAGGAUUACCAGAGGCUCAUGGUGGUUGCGGAGGGAAUCACAACAUUGCUGUUCCCAUUCCAGUGGCAGCAUGUGUAUGUGCCCAUCCUUCCCGCUUCUCUUCUGCACUUCCUGGAUGCCCCUGUGCCGUAUCUCAUGGGUCUACAGUCCAAAGAGGGCACGGACCGCUCCAAGCUAGAGCUGCCUCAAGAGGCGAACCUGUGUUUUGUUGACAUCGACAACCACUGCAUCGAGCUGCCUGAAGAAUUCCCUCAGUUCCCCAACAAGACCGAAUUCAUCCAGGAACUCAGUGAGGUAUUGCUAAGUUUUGGUCUGUCUCCUGACGGGGGCAACACCUCCUCUGAACCAGCUGUGAGCUUGCAGACCUCCAUGCUGGAGAAGGAGCUGAAGAGCACGUCACUGAGUGAGUUAGUGGAUGACAGGAGGAACGGCAACCUCGGGGGAGAGGCGCUGGACGUGCUGGAGCUUCUUCAGGGCAACCCGACUCUGGAGCGUCUGCAGGCUCUGGCCAAAAGGACUGGGGUGAAAGUGGCCCGUUUGGAGGCAUUGGCAGCAGGGCGGAAGGCUUUAGGGGAGGAGGGUGUGGGAGGAAGGUCUCCAGCUGAGGAAGAGGAGCUGAGGAACGCUAAACUGAACGUGCAGCUGAGGGAGGUGUUUGCUGCGCGUUUCGCAACAAUGUUUGCAGACUACGAGUCGUUUGUGAUUCAGAACUCUCCAGAUUUGGAGUCCUGGCUGACUAAUAGAGAGCAAAUGCACAACUUUGACAAGGCCUCAUUCCUUUCUGAUCAGCCGGAACCGUACUUGCCCUUCUUGUCGCAUUUCAUCGAAACGCAAAUGUUUGCCACCUUCAUCGACAACAAGAUCAUGUCUCAGUGGGAGGAGAAAGAACCCCUCCUACGAGUGUUUGACGGACGCAUUGAGAAGGCCCGACUCUACAAUGUUCGUGCACCAAGCUUGCGCUCAUCAGUUUACCAGAAAUGCACUUUUCUCAAAGAAUCAGCACAGGCCAUAGAGCAGCGGCUGAGAAAGAUCGACCACACAGCCAUCCAUCCUCACCUGCUGGAUAUGAAGAUUGGCCAAGGAAAAUACCAGCAGGGAUUCUUCCCCAAACUGCAGGCUGAUGUGCUCGCCUCAGGGCCCACCAACAACAAGUGGUCCAAUCGCACAUGCUCGACUCAGCGCAGAGUGGACCGUCACAGACCGCAGAAUGACCAUCUUGUGCUGGACAAUGAGCUCAAAGAGAAGUACAUGCAGGAGGCCCGCAACCUCAGACAACCCAAACUAUCAGACCUGUCCCCUGCUGUCAUCGCUCAGACCAACUGGAAGUUUGUGGAGGGUUUACUGAAAGAAUGCAAGAUGAAGACCAAGCGUAUGCUGGUGGAGAAAAUGGGCAGAGAGGCUGUUGAGCUGGGCCAUGGAGAGGCAAACAUCACUGGCCUGGAGGAGAACACACUCAUAGCCAGUCUGUGUGACCUGCUGGAGAGAAUAUGGAGCCACGGUCUACAGGUCAAACAGGGAAAGUCUGCUCUGUGGUCUCAUUUAUUGCACUACCAGGCGAGAGAAGAGAAAAACGAACAGCUGUCGGAGUCUCCAGUGUCUAAUGGCCAGGAAAAACGCAAGAUAGAAUCAAGUGUUGGUCUUUCUGCAUUACCUGUAUCACUCAUACAGGAUAUGAGACACAUCCAGAACAUGGGAGAGAUUAAAACAGAUGUAGGUCGAGCACGUGCCUGGAUCCGUCUGUCCCUAGAGAAAAAACUACUUUCCCAGCAUCUCAAACAGCUGCUGUCUAACCAGGCUUUAACCAAGAAGCUGUACAAGCGUUAUGCUUUCUUGCGCUGCGAAGAGGAAAAAGAGCAGUUCCUCUUUCAUCUCCUGAGCCUGAAUGCCGUGGACUACUUCUGCUUUACCAGCGUCUUCACCACCAUAAUGAUUCCAUACAGGGCCGUUAUCAUUCCCAUCAAAAAGCUUAGUAACGCAAUGACGACGUCCAACCCUUGGCUGUGUGUGUCGGGUGAGCUGGGCGACUCUGGCAUCCUGCAGAUCACGAAGAACGUCCUGGAAAUGACGUUUGACUCUGCCUUUAGGCCUCACACGCACAUCUCCAUCACUUUCAAGCGCCAGAACCUCGGGAAGUUGACCACAGUGCAGCUGGGUCAUGAUAAUUCUGGCUUGCUUGCCAAGUGGCUGGUGGAUUGUGUCAUGGUCCGCAAUGAGAUCACCGGCCACACAUACAAAUUCCCGUGCGGCAGGUGGUUGGGGAAGGGUGUGGAUGACGGCAGUCUUGAGCGAGUCCUGAUUGGGGAGUUUGUAAUUCCGUCUAGUGAUGAUGAUGGAGGCCGAGGGUCUAGGACUCCGCCCCUUCAGCGAUCACCUUCCCAGAUUCGACGAAUCAGCAUCACAUCGCUUACAGGACGUGGAAGCAAACCAACAACCGUACAGAUACAGGAAUCCAUCGGUGAAGCAGUCAACAAUAUUAUAAAGCAUUUCCACAAACCAGAAAAAGAGAGGGGCAGUCUUACGGUCCUGCUGUGUGGAGAAGGUGGUCUUGUUUGGGCUCUGGAGCAGUUCUUUCAUCAUGGAUUCCGCUCAGCUCGAAUCUUCCAGAAAAAUGUCUUUGUAUGGGAUUUCUUUGAGAGGGCAGUAGCAUUUGUGGAGAAUGCAGAUCAGAUUGGAGACCUGCAAGAAACACCAGAGCCUCUAAGUCUGAAUAGUGAGUCUUUCUGUCGAUACGUCAAUGCCAUUAACAGUAUGCCACGCAACAUUGGCAAGGAUGGCAAGUUCCAGCUGCUAGUUUGCCUCGGGGCGAGAGACCGAUUGUUGCCGCAGUGGCUCCCUCUAUUGGCCGAAUGCUCCAUCAUCACACGCAUGUAUGAGGAGAAUGCGUUACUGCGAGACAAACUCACCGUCAGCUCUCUCAUCGCAGUUCUGGAAACGCUGCAUGACUUCCCCAUCACACUGGAGAGCUCUCUAACUAAAAGUGUUGAGCUGUAACUCCACAUCCUGAGGUCAAAUUGAGACUGCUCCCCACGCUGCCACCCUCAGGGCCGAAGCUGACCAGGGAAUGACUGAGGACCUAUCAAAGCACCUCUCAACAUGACUGACUCCUGCACCUCCACACAAAUUAACUCAGAAAUCGGUUUUGUAGCAGUAUUUGGAGUUGUGCUCUUUCUAACGAAGCCGUUGAUGGCUUCAUUGAGAAGAUUUCAACUUUUUUUCCCGUGGAUUUUGCUUCCAAACCUGUGGUCAUAUUUCCAUAUACAUCCGUCUGGGCGUCAAAUCCGCUAACAUUUCUGCUUCAGAUCAUGUGUUGUCUUUAGAAAGCACUGUUUUUUGCAUAGUGUGUCGAGAUACAGAGGAGCUUUAGUACUGACCGAUUAAAUGUCCAACACAUGCAAUAACCAUCAUUUGACAGGCAAGUGUUUCUAAUGACUUGUCUGGGUGUUUAAACCAAUGCUAUCAGUGUUCUGAUUGGCUGUCAGUUUUGGAAGGAAGAUUCUUGAUACUGGAUUAAUUUGAAACAUUCUUAGAUUAAAAAAAGCUUGUCAAAUGAAUUUUCAGAGAAAAGGGACAUUCCAACAUUAUCUGUUGUAUGUUACAAGACGUGUUUAUGUGUGAUGGUAAUGGUGCGUGUGUGUGAGUGGUUUAUCAGAUUAACAUUUGGGAAGAUGUGUUUAUUUUGCCAAUGAGUAUUAACUUAAUUCAGUAUCAUGUUUGAUUUCAUUUUUUUUUUACUUUUAAGAAAGAAACACUGGAAAUCGUCGUAAAGCAAUAAAUAGUCACCGUUAAAAUCUCUCAAAUCUUAAUCCUUACAGUGACUUGUGGGGGUUCUUUAAAUAUAACGUUUAGACCCUCGUUUUUACCACUAAUUGAAGGUCUAAAUGCAGCAAUUACUUUGUAAAGCCAUGUCUGAUUACUGCAGUACUUGCACGUUGCUUAGAAAUUAAGUAUUUUCAUUAAAUGAACCUUUAUGUUUGUUCUUUCAUGCAUCAGUUUUAAUACACAAACCCUGCUGAGAGAAAAGUAGUAUUUACAGAUAAACACAGUUUGAAUCACUUAAUGUUACUUAAGUUUUAGUUUUUAAGACUCUCAGCAUUUGAUCUAAGAGCCGUGUAUGGUAGCUCGUCAACCUGUGUAUUUUCUUUUUCUUAUUGACUCUGAUCAUUUGUAUGUAUUUAUUUUAGGAUUAUGCUUAUGUGACACUGGUUGAGUUUGGAUUGACGCAAUCUUGGGUUGAUUUAUGCAGUUAGCUGACACUGUAUCAUUUAUUUAUUUUUUAGGAAAUCUGAUUUCAAGAUUUGUAUAAUACGGACUGUCCAUCAUGUGUAAAAGUCGACUUCGUUUUAGACGCCAAAAGUUGCUGAAAUCCCAGAAACCUCUCGCUGGAAAGAUGAGGAAACCGCAGGAACUGUCCCUUUGUUUGCGGUGCUGAUGCAUGCAACAUGUUUUAGAUCUUGGAUGAGGACUGUUGCUGUAAAUGAAUUCGUUCCUCUUCUAGAUCUCGUCUCAUUCCAUCUGUUUUUUUUCCUGUAAUGAAAGCUUCUAAAUAUCGAUCAUGUUAUGAAAAGAUCCUUGUCUAAAAUGAUUUGGAUCCUCCAUGUUUAUACUUGUGAAGCGACUCAUUAAAAUAGCUCCCUUCGUCCA